AAAGAACUUUCAACUGUAAAUCUAAUUAGAAAACCAAAUCUAAUUAGAAAAUGAGCAAAAGAUAGAAAUAGAUAUUUUACUGAAGAAGCUAUUCAGGUGAUGUUCUAAUCAUGUCGGAUAAAGAUGAUAUUGAGAGUCAAGUGAUAACUGAAGCAACCCUGGUUCUUGAAGAAGGAAACCAUGAGCCAGCCAAGAAUACUGAGUCUGUUGACCAAAGUGCUAAGCCAGAUAGUAAAUCUGAACCUGUAGUGUCCACUCGGAAAAGGCCAGAGGUCAAAUCUUCUAGUGAUCUUGAAACUUCAGAAGUUCUCCCUGUUCAGGAGCCUGUUUCCAAAGAUGUACCCCAGACUGGAUGGGGUUAUUGGGGAAGUUGGGGAAAGUCCUUACUUUCUUCAGCCUCAGCUACAGUAGCCACAGUAGGACAAGGUAUUUCAAAUGUCAUCGAGAAGGCAGAGACUUCUCUCGGGAUCCCUAGUCCCAGUGAAAUUUCAGCUGAAGUCAAGUUUGCAGCAGGAGAGACAAAUGCCAAAGAGAAUGAAAGCUCCUCCCCAGUCAUGGGGCCAUUUGGUGUAUUCUCGACCAUUUCUACAGCUGUUCAGAGCACAGGAAAGAGUGUUAUCAGUGGGGGUUUGGAUGCCUUAGAAUUCAUUGGAAAAAAGACAAUGGAUGUAAUAGCAGAAGGGGAUCCUGGAUUUAAAAGAACCAAGGGUCUGAUGAAUCGGAAUUCUACACUGUCUCAGGUCUUAAGAGAGGCAAAGGAGAAAGAAGAGCUGUGGACCUCCAAUGAGGUUACCAUGGAAACUGACAAGAAAACUCAUUAUGGGCUACUCUUUGAUGAAUUUCAAGGCCUUUCACACCUAGAAGCUCUGGAGAUGCUUUCCCGAGAAAGUGAAAUAAAGGUGAAAUCUAUCCUUAAUUCUUUAAGUGGAGAAGAAUUAGAGGCACUAAAGUUUGAAUUAGAGCAACUCAAAGAAGCAUUUUCCCUGGCAGAGUUUUGUGAAGAAGAGGAAGAAGAGAAAAAAGGGGAUGAAGAUUUUACCAAAGAGGUAACAGAGCUGUUUUCUCAACUGCACGUCUCCUCCAAACCAGAGAAACUUGCCAGGGGUUUGUCCUUGCCUUUUCCUAGACCUUCUUCCACAGCAAGAAGUACUGCCUACGAAUGGAUCAGGGCAUUUCCGACCACACCAUUAGCAAAGAAAGAAGAAGAAGAAAAACAGUCAGAGACAGAAAAUACUGAAGAAGUCAAUAAAAAUUCAAUAGAGGAUAUCCAUGCAUUUGCAAUUCGCAGCCUAGCAGAAUUGACUGCCUGCUCUAUUGAACUAUUUCACAAAACAGCAGCGUUAGUUCUGCAUGGUGGGAAGCAGGAAGUGACAGCCAUAGAAAGGAGCCAGACUCUUUCCCAGAUGACAAUUGUAUUGUGUAAAGAGUUGUCCUGUCUGUCUAAAGAGUUUACCACCUGCCUAACAACUGCUGGGAUUAAAGAAAAGGCAGAUGUCCUGAAUCCAUUAAUCACUGCAGUCUUUCUAGAGGCAUCAAAUAGUGCCUCUUACAUCCAGGAUGCCUUUCAGCUACUCUUACCUGUGCUGCAGAUCUCUCUCAUUGAGAACAGGACGGAAUUACCCAGGCAGGAGCUACAAGUCCAGAGGCCUUUGCCAGAACAUUGAAGAAUAGAGAAGAUUUGACCUGAGAUUUGUGAUGGCUAAGAAGUGCCACUUUCUUCAGGGUACCCCUGCAGAAAUGAAUGAGGAAGGUUAUUUUAAUAUAUAAAAAUUCAGGCAGGAGAACAGGUUUAAAGAGGAAGUUUGUUUCUUCACUUGGCUGAAGUAUUCAAAUCCUCACACUAUUCCCAGUUAUUGACAUAUUAUUUGAAAAAAACACUUUGUGGAAAGUCCAAGAAUAUAAGCUCUAGGUAAAGUUUUAGUGGGACACUCAGGCAAAAAUAUUGAUCUAUUUUUGACAUGCUGCAAAACACUAAAAAUUUUCUCAUGGAUAUAAUCUGUAGCCCAUGGAUAAAAUUGUUGUAAAAAACAUGAGGAAAAAUCCCUUAAUUUGGCAUUCUAGAAUUUAUGACAUACUUGGUUUAUUAAUGCCAUGUACUUUCUCCUUUCUAGAAUAAAAUCUAUGGCUUUAAGAAAACUGAGCAUAUAUAAACUCUAAAAUGAUUACCCUGUAUCAUGUGAUUCUUGGAAAUGGCUAGGAAGUUUCAUUUACUCUUUAAUUCUCAGUAGAUAUUUGACAUUGAGGAGAAACUUGCAGUAUUAUACUUUUUCAGGCAAAUGAACAAAGUAUAACAGAUUCCCCUUUGGCUUUAAAUGACUCCCGUAUCCCUUGAUGACAAGCUUCAAGUCAUAGGUGAUUCUCUCCUCAACUGUAUUUAAGACCAAUAAGUGCAAUUUAGAGAAACAGUUUCAUAUUUUAGAUAUUCUUUUUAAGUUGUUUUUCAUGCAUACCCCAUAAGCAGGACAAAUUCUGUCACAACCAACCCUAAAUGAGUGUUGAGGCUCUUUUGUUAGUAGGGUUUUUGUUGUUUGAAUAUUGUUAAAGUGAGUCAUAGUGUCCCAUAGAAGUGAUAUUCAUUUAUAAUAAGAUUUAACCUCUAACACAUUUUUCUUCUUUGUUUUAAUUUGUUCUUUAGCAUGGUUUUAAAUACAACUUUUAUCUUCUAGAUCUUAUGCCCUCUUUCUUUCUUCAACAACCAAAAUAUAUUUUGAUAUCUAUUCUUUUUAAAAAAGGUCUCCAACUUUGUGGUUUUUAAUGAUUCAAGUAACUUUUCUGUGAGCUCUGCCCCAUUCUUAUAACAUGUUUAAAAUAAAAUAUAAUUGAACUGUU